AUGAGUGUGAUCAUAAGGCUGCAGAAUCUUCCUUGGUCAGCCAAUGCGCUUGAUAUUAGGAAUUAUUUCCAAGGCCUUUCCAUUCCGGAAGGGGGAGUGCACAUCGUAGGUGGAGAACUUGGCGAUGCAUUCAUAGCCUUCAGGCAAAAUAUGGGUGGUAUUUCUUUGGCAAUACGUUUUGCUGAUGAAAGGCUUUUUGCUACCGCAACCGAUCCAGAUAUAUCCUGUCGUCAUCUGAGCCCCAUGAAGAUGAGGCACAAUCGUCAGGCUCAGCUUCAGUAUUUUCUCGUCGUCGCUGUCGUGGCAUCUAGACUAAGUUAA